AUUUAAAUCAAAUAUACAAUAAUAAUCAUAAUAAUUAUUAUUAUGAAAAAUAUAAUUCUUUCUGUUUUGUAUCGUGUAUAUCUAAAGUAAUAUUUUCAUUGAUCAUACUAUUAACGCUAUGUAUAGUUUGUUAACUUUGAAACUUUCAAAAUUUGUCGCCAAAAAGUACAGCCAAAUAUUGGCAUUGUCUGUCAUUACACUACUCUUAGCCGAUAUCUGCAGCGCUUUAUUGAAAAUCAAAGAGAUGUCGGUUCCCAGGCUUGUGGAGAACGGCACCGAAGACUCGGUGGUAUUAGACUGUGUCUAUUCGUUGGACACGAUUGACGACCGAAAUUUGGUGGUCAAGUGGUUCUUCAACGACGACCCCGAGCCUAUCUAUCAGUUCAUCGCCGAGUUUGGGCUCCGGCACGCGUCCAGUCGACUCCAGGGUCGCAUCAAUUUGAAUUACACCGUCAAUAAUGACCCGUUAAUUAAAUACAGAGCCCUUAAUCUGUUGCGACCCACCGUCGACUUGAGCGGUAGAUAUCAAUGUCAUGUCCAGUCCCUGCAAAGUCAAGACUCCAAGGAGGGCUCAAUGAUUAUAUAUGCCACACCAAAGGAUAUAGAGUUUAGUUACAAAGCGGUCACUCGUAAGGAGUUCAGCGCUGCCCUCAGGAAACACAAGACUGUCCACACGGCCACAGACAUUACCAGUGAUUCCUACUCUAAUGAUGAACAACAUUAUAGUUCUUCGGCGUCCGAACUGUUGUGUAAAGUGAGUGAAGUGUAUCCCAUACCGGAGCUGACUAUAUACCGAGUGGCACAAGACGGUAGUAGCCCUCGGAGUCUGGACAUAUACCGUCCGGUGCAGUCCAACCAGCAAACAAUGAGCGGCGCCUGGAAUUCAAGUGUUUCUGUUUAUAUCAAUGACAGGGAUUUAAUUGAAAAGUACGGAAACGAGGCCUCGAUUUUUGAGUGUUUAGUCGUUUUCAACGAAAUCAAUCACGAGAUGCGAAAACGGAUCCAAUAUUUUCCAGUUAAUGAAGAGCUCAGGAAUGUUAGCGCAGAAUCCAAAGUGCAGUUUGUGUUCACAAUCGUCUCAACAAUUAUAUAUAUUUAUCACUGUUUCCGAUUAAAUAUGAAUAAACUUUUUUGUUAAGAAUUAUAUCAAAAUUAAUAUUAAAUGAUAAGACAUCUGGAG